AUGGUUCAGUCACCUAUGUUGUCGUGUCCGCUGAAGCAGACAAACGAAAUCGAUUGGGUCCAGCCCCUCAAGGAUUACAUCCGACAGACCUAUGGCGAAGACCCCGAACGGUACAGCCAGGAAUGCGUCACCCUCAACCGACUGCGCCAGGAUAUGAGAGGCGCGGGGAAGGACAGCGCUACCGGUCGCGACUUGCUCUAUCGGUACUAUGGUCAACUGGAGCUACUGGAUCUCAGGUUCCCGGUUGACGAGAACCACAUCAAGAUCUCCUUUACGUGGUACGACGCAUUCACUCAGAAGCCUACCUCUCAAUAUUCGCUAGCCUACGAAAAGGCAUCUAUCAUCUUCAACAUAUCCGCCGUCCUGUCUUGCCAUGCCGCUAACCAGAACUGGGCGGACGACACAGGCGUCAAGACAGCCUAUCACUCUUUCCAGGCAUCUGCUGGGAUGUUUACCUAUAUCAACGAGAACUUCCUGCACGCGCCGUCAACCGAUCUGAACCGGGAUACUGUCAAAACACUGAUCCAUGUGACGCUCGCCCAAGCCCAAGAAGUAUUCUUCGAAAAGCAGGUCGCAGAUCAUAAGAAAGCCGGGUUUGUGGCCAAAUUGGCUGCGCAGUCAGCAUAUCUCUACUCCCAGGGAGCUGAAACUAUGCAAGAUUUCGUUGGCAAGAAUGUGUUCGACAAGGUCUGGACAGUUGUUGUGCAGGCCAAGGCAGCGCAUAUGGCCUCAGUAGCCUCUUAUUAUCAGGCCAUUGCAGACAGCGAAACCGGGUCUCAUGGUAUUGCGAUUGCGCGUCUACAAAUGGCCGAUAAGCAGGCCGUCACUGCUCUGAGCUGGGCAAAAACCUUCCCAACGACGGCUCCAGCGACCUCUAACAUGACCGCAGAAUCGGGUACUGACCUGCUGGAUCUCAUCAAGCACAAUCACACAAAUGUGCAAGCCCAACUUGCUACAAUGAUUAAGGAUAAUGAUUUCAUCUACCAUCAGCCGGUUCCGAACGAAGCUGGCCUUGCGGCGGUUGCCAAACUGCCUGCGGCGAAAGCAAUCCCAGUAAGCGAGCUGUAUCAAGGGCAGGACAUCCAACGAAUCAUUGGACCAGACAUUUUCCAGAAAUUGGUGCCUAUGUCUGUCACUGAAACUGCCAGUCUGUACGACGAGGAGAAGGCUAAGUUAAUUCGCGCUGAAACCGAAAAGGUGGAGACUGCCAAUGGUGAGAUGGCCGCUAGCCUGGACUAUCUUAAGCUACCAGGCAGUCUCAAUAUCUUGAAGGGCGGAAUGAACCAAGAGAUGUCAGUCGAUGAAGAGUUCCGUCGCUGGUGCUCGGAACUCGCUGGCCAUAAGCCGUUCCACGGAGCCUUUGAUGAGCUGCAGGAUCGCAAGGCACAAGUGCUAUCUCAGCUGGAUCAAUGCUCUAAGCAGCUUGAUAUGGAGGAAAGUGUGUGCGAGAAGAUGAGAUCAAAGUACGGCGCAGAUUGGAGUCAACAGCCCAGUUCUAGGCUGAACACCACCCUCCGAGGGGAUGUGCGUUCCUAUCGAGAUACUGUGAAUGAGGCCAGUGCAAGUGAUUCUCAGCUUUCAUCUACCCUCCGGCAAUAUGAAAGCGACUUUGACGAAAUGCGAUCUGCUGGGGAAACAGACGAGGCCGAUGUACUCUUCCAACGAGCCUUGAUCAAGGCCGGUUCAAAACAGAGCAAAAGCAGGAAUGGUGUUACCAGUCCUGCAGAAGGGAGCCUCUUGGAUGAUGUGUAUGAUGAAGGUGGUGCCUCUGUAGCAGAACAGAUCGCUAAGGUGGAGGAGAUCUUGAAAAAGCUGAAUCUUGUCAAGCGAGAGAGAUCUCAAGUCCUGAAAGACCUUAAGGACAAGGUCCACAACGAUGAUAUCUCAAAUGUCUUGAUCUUAAACAAAAAGUCUAUCACUGGCCAGGAAACACAGCUCUUUGACGCCGAGCUGGAGAAGUUCCGGCCCCAUCAGAACAGACUUUUGCAGGCAGUCCAUAAACAGCAGUCUUUGAUGAAAGAGCUCACCAAGAUUUAUGGUGAUCUUUUGCAAGAUAAGAGAGUUCAAUCUGAGCAAUCGAAGUACGAAUCGAUCACGCGCCAACGCAACUCCGUGAUGGCUCGUUACAAGAAGGUCUACGAAGCGUUUAACGGUCUCUCGUCCGGCAUUACUCAAGCGCGAACCUUCUACAGGGACAUGAGCGAGAAUGUCGACAGUCUUCGCAAGAACGUCGAGACUUUCAUCAACAACCGCCGGUCAGAGGGUGCCCAGCUGCUGAGCCAAAUUGAACGCGACAAGGCCAGCGGUGUUUCGGAGCAAGACGAUCGCGAGAGGGAGAAGCUGCGCCAGCUAAUGGAGCGCCUCUCCACGGAUCCCAAAAAUUCAUCAACCUCACCCUCCACGGCAUCGGGGGUUGCACCUUCAAAGGUGAAGUCGCCACCUCCACCGGUUCACGCGCCAGCAUAUGGAACCACGGGACCAUCCCCGAAGAUGUCACCCCGCUACCCACCUACCAUGUCAGCCCACGGCGGUCCCAUCGCUUCGCACUCCCCCGCGCCCUACGGGCAGUACAUGGGUGCCCCUUACCCGCCAGCGCAGCACUUCCAACAAGGUGCUGCAGCUCCGCUCUCUGAGGGCUACAACCCCAUGGCCUAUCCAUAUCAAACCCCCGUCUCUCCACCCCCAAACCAACAAUACUUCUCCCAAACCCCAAACCCGUACGGCGGCUACUCCAAUUCCAGUACGCCAGCCCCCGGUGCAGCACCCCCAUCGCACUACAUGGCCCCUCAGGGCUACAUCCCACCCCCACCACCUCCCCGGCCACAGCAGACCAGCUACCCGCCUUCUAGUGGAGGCAUGUAUCCCUCUGGACCCGGCGGCUACGCACAGGCCAGACCUUACGGCCAUCACAAGGCACCCUCGCAGUCCCAGUCUCAGCCUCAACCAAACCCUAACGAUCCCUGGGCGGGACUCAACGCCUGGAAAUAA